AUGGCUUUCCGCCCGGUAGUAUCAUACUGGGUCCUCCCCAUAAUCUCCGGCCUCGUCUGGCUGGGCAUGCUCCUCGGCAUGCUCCUCUCGUGGAUCAUCGACGAGCACGGCCGCCGCUACUCCACCAUGGCCAAGACGGCCGACAUCGCCUACAUCAGCAACAUCGGCGCCGACCGCCUGCGCCCUCUCUUCAUCGCCGGCUGCGUCCUCACAUCCGUCUUCCUCGACCUGUCGUUUGUCGCCGAGCGUUGGCUGCGACACCGCGGCCGCCUCAUUCCCAACUCCUCCAUCGGCGAAAAGAUCCUCGCCGGGUUGACCAUUGCGUUUGCCCUCGUUGGCACCGUUGGCCUGAUUUGCCUAUCCAUCUUUCAGACUGGCAAGCAUAAGCGCUUGCACUACACAUUCCUGUUUCUCUUUAUUGCAGGCUACAUGCUGUCUGCCAUCUUUUUCUGCUGGGAGUACCAGCGUCUCGGAAUCAAACAUCGCGAACACAAAAUGCUUCGCAUCUCAUUUUGGGUCAAGCUCAUGUUCGUCCUCGUCGAACUCGCCCUCUGCAUCGUCUUCGUUGUCUGCAGCCGGACACAUAACCAGAACCCCGCCGCCGUCUUCGAAUGGAUCAUCUCCUUCAUCUUUUCUUUCUACGUCUUCUCCUUCGUCAUCGACCUAUACCCGGCCGUCCGCACCAAGAGUCCCGACGCCAGGUACCCCAAGCCCAGUCCCAGGGACACGGAGCGUGAGGACAGCAUCAGUAACGAGUCUCGCAGUAAUUUUACUCGACCCAUGCAGAUGGUUUAA